AUGUUUGUCAUGUUUUACAGCUCAGCCCUUUUCUUGGUUUUCGCUGCAUCUUCUCUCUUCGCUCAGGCCGCUGCAGAAUGUACUCGGUUCUCCACCAAUGGCUCGACGGCAUCAACGUACGACUUCCAUCGCUUCUACGACUUUAGGCAGCUUCAUGAUGACAUCGACGGCGAUGCGGCUUCUGCUUCGUCGUACGGAGAGGGUCACACGGACAUGGAAGCAGCCAGCGGCCAGUCCAAGAUCAUCCAGGCUGCUCCUUGGGUUUCGGGCUGGAAUGCGAGAGAUUGGUAUAGACCGUCGCCAAGGGACGAUACGGUGGAUAUGUACUAUAAACCGUCUCGUAUAUCAAUCAGCAAGAAUACCGACGCGUCGCAGGAUUCUACGUAUCUGACCUUGCACACGACAAGACUCUCCGAUGGAAGCCAGGUGGCUGCUGAACUAGACUUUGCGGAAUACAAUGUCACCUACGCCUCUAUCCGCAUGUCCGCACGCAUCAAUGGAGCCAGCGGCGCAGUCGCGGCUUUCUUCACAUACCAUGAUGACACGUCCGAGUCGGAUAUAGAGAUACCAACCGGGUUAAAGGCUGACGAAGUGCACUACUCUAACCAGCCCACAACCGACCCCGACACUGAUGCACCCAUUGAUGGUGCAACCUUCAAUGUGUCAAUGGAAGACUACCAACCUACCUCGGACUGGAACAACUAUAGGCUGGACUGGGUACCCGGGAAGAGCGCGUGGUACAUGAACGGUGCGCAAUCAGCUGACACGGAAGUUAACGUACCGGAUGCAGAGAGCAUGAUUAUCCUCAGUCUAUGGAGUAACGGAGGCAUAUUUUCGGGGCGUAUGGAUACCGGGCAAGAGGCCUGGUUCGAUAUCCAAUGGGUUGAGCUGCUCUUCAAUACGAGUGCUAGCGCCAGUACUAAUCCUGAAGGAGAUGUAUGCUCGGUAGAGUCGUCGCCAGGCUCGCCGGUACCCAAUGCCUCGCGCGGCCUUCAAGAUCUGGUUGCUGGGCGUAUUUGGUGGGCUAUUAGGAUGGCGUCAGCUGUUAGCUUCCUGGUGUUCGUAUAG